CGUGCCGUCUAAGGUGCCGCUGGAUGGGGUAUUUCUCUGUUGACCAUCUCGAUUCUUGACGACGACCAUUUUCUCUCUGGAGCAUUUUCUGGACCAACUUUUACCAUACCAUAUCAAUCUAGACCACAUUCAGUCUCUUUCUCUCCACUACUACUCCUUGGACCACCUCCUCCCUAGCUCGUCAGCCAGCCCUUUGAUACCAUGCUGUGCACAGCACGUUACUCCAAGCUCAGGCCCUUCUCGGCCUGGCCUUCCCUCUCACAAUGCCAACGCCGCUUCAUGGCCGCCCAAGCGGCUCAUACAAGGAAAGAGGGUGAUAUCUCUUCAGUUUUCCGUUCACUUUCCGGCGCCGACGAGGAGGAGCCACUCCCUGCGAGAUACACCGACGUGAAGCGUGCCCUUUUGAGCCGCGCAGGAGGCAAGGAGGCCCUGCAAGCGAGCUGGAACCGCCUGCUGGGAAGCCUCAAAACCGAAACCGAGAUUAUCAAAUCCAACAAGAGGACAAUAAUCCCCGAGAUAAACUUCUCAGAUCUCGACAACCCGUCAGCCGAGUUCAGCAAGACCUUCCGAAAGCGAGGUGUUGCUGUUGUGCGCCAAGUCGUGCCUGAGCAGGAGGCUCGCGGAUACAAGAACCAGAUUGAGAAGUAUAUCGCAGCGAACCCGUCGACAAAAGCAUUUCCUGCUCACGAUCCGCAGGUCUUCGAGAUGUACUGGUCGGCAUCGCAGCUUGCUGCGCGGAGCCACCCGAACCUGAUCAAGACCCAGAAGUUCCUCAUGUCGUACUAUCACUCACGAAACCCCUCCGCCGAGUGCUCCACCCAGCAACCCGUCACGUAUGCGGAUCGUCUCCGCAUCCGCCAGCCCGGCGACGCGGGUUUCGCCCUAGGACCCCACGUCGACGGCGGUAGCGUCGAGCGCUGGGAGGAUGGCGGUUACGGCAAGGGCCAUGUCUACGACAAGGUGUUCGAGGGCGCGUGGGACGAGUUUGACCCGUGGGAGCUCACGACGCGCCUCGACGCCGUCACAGACCUGUACAACGGUGCUGGGUCAUGCAGCAUGUUCCGCAUGUUCCAGGGCUGGCUUAGCAUGUCGCACACCGACGCCAACGAGGGCACCCUGCUUGUCAACCCCCUGCUAUCCCUCGCGACAGCGUACUACCUCCUCCGGCCCUUCUUCACUCCCAAAUCGGCGCCCGCCCUGUCCUCCCCCGAGGCCGAGUACUCGCCCGAGUUCCUCGAUCCCUCCAACUGGAAACCCGAGGAUCCUCUCACCUCCGCCCUGCAGGGCACCUGGCCUGGCCACAGCCAGGAGCUGAGCCACGCGCUGCACCCGCAUCUCAACCUCCCGCACACCAUGAUCCACGUACCCAAGAUCGCCCCCGGCGACUACGUGGCCUGGCACUGCGACACGAUCCACUCGGUGGACAAGGUGCACAACGGCGCGGGCGACUCGAGCGUGCUGUACAUCCCGGCGUGCCCGACGACGCGGAGCAACCUCGACUACCUGCGGCGCCAGCGCGAGAACUUCGAGGACGGCGUGCCCCCGCCCGACUUCCCCGGCGGCGAGGGCGAGCGGCAGCACGUCGGCCGGGCCACGGUCGAGGACCUGAAGGCCAUGGCCGGCACCGAUGCUCUCCGCUCGACUGGAUUCGCGCCGUUUGAUGUUGCGGCUGCGGCGAGCAAGGGCGAGGCAGAGGUUCUCAAAUAUGGAAACAAGGUGAUGGGGUUUUAGGAGACGAGAUUCUGGGAAUAACUUGAUGCAUAUAAUUAUUCGUGGACUGGCGUAACUAGUUUGUUUGGUCACAGUAUUGGAUGGAGGCGCACAUGUAGCCUGUAAUUAAUCAAGUUUCUGCAAUUAUCUUGAGAAUCCGAUGAUCAGCCC